AUGCCAACCGAUUUCAAAACUAAAGCUAGAGAAUGUCUAGAAAAUGCAGAUUACCGCGGAUAUGCUGAAUUUUCUGAGAAACAAUAUAAUCAGACUCAGGAAAAAGAAGAUCUCGAGGAGUUAGAAAAAUCAAAGAAGCUGUUGCAACUUUCAAGAGAGAUCCAUGAAAUUUUAAAAAUGGAGGGACACGAUUGUUAUAAAAUACUAGGGCUAGACCAGAAUGCGAGCUUGGAUGAGAUAAAAAAGACUUUUAGAGAGAAAGCAGCUAGAUACCAUCCUAAUAGAGCCCCUGUGAAGGGAGCAGAGGAUGCUUUCAGGAUAAUUCAGGGUGCAUACUUUGAGAUUAACACAGAGGACAAGAGAGAGCAGUAUGACGGUAGACGAAAGGGAAGUAGAUUUUUCUUCAGCGGCCAACCAGUGUAUUCCCAGGCGUAUUACGCCACUCCAAUUUCUAAUUCAAUGUCCUAUUCAUUUGGAAAUAGGCAGUUUAUGUUCUCCACUGGAAUAUCACCAGGAUUCUGGCCAUAUAGAUUUACUGAGGGGGACUUUAUAAAUUUUUACUCGCAACUGUACAGAAAUGCAUAUAGACCAUAUGGUGACCGCCAGACAGAGAGACAGACCUUAUAUUUUUCAAUAUUUAUAAUGUUCAUUCUCAUAUUGCUCAACUUUUUUAACUGA